AAGCCAUUCACCAUCUCAUCCAGCAAAUCGGCCAGCAUUUUGAUCUAUCUUGUAUGUGACCACCCAUUAAAAUUUUAUUCAUUACUUUAUUAUUCUCUACUCAAAAUAUAUAAAUAAAUUUAAGUUUCAAUUUUUAUUUAUUCAAUCAUCAAAGUAUUUCCAAACAACAAAAUACUACUAAAGAAAACUCUUCGAAGCAAGCAAUUUGCAGUAAAAGAAAAAUAAGAAAAGCUGUGAUAAACUUGGGAGAACCGACAUUAAAAUGACGGAACUACAAAUGGAUUGCGCCCUUGACCUUAUGCGUCGCUUGCCUCCUCAGCAAAUCGAGAAGAAUCUCAUUGAUUUAAUCGAUUUGGCUCCAGAUCUGUGCGAAGAUCUUCUUUCGUCCGUCGAUCAACCUCUGAAGAUAGCCAAAGACAAGGAAGUUGGCAAAGACUAUCUCUUGUGUGAUUACAAUCGUGAUGGUGAUUCUUAUCGUUCGCCAUGGUCCAACACAUACGAUCCCCCACUUGAAGAUGGACAAAUGCCAUCAGAGAGACUGCGAAAGCUCGAGAUCGAAGCUAAUUAUGCUUUCGACCAAUACCGUGAAAUGUACUACGAAGGUGGUGUAUCAUCGGUUUAUCUGUGGGAUUUGGAUCAUGGUUUUGCCGCAGUUAUCUUGAUCAAAAAAGCCGGCGAUGGGAGCAAGAAAAUCCGUGGGUGCUGGGACUCGAUUCAUGUAGUCGAGGUGCAAGAGAAGACCACUGGUCGAACAGCACAUUACAAACUAACUUCCACAGCUAUGCUGUGGUUGCAAACAAACAAACAAGGUUCGGGCACAAUGAACUUGGGAGGCUCUCUUACCCGCCAACAGGAGCAAGAUGCCAAUGUGAGUGAUUCGUCACCGCACAUCGCCAACAUCGGCCGAAUGGUCGAAGAGAUGGAGAACAAAAUUCGUAAUACCCUUAAUGAAAUUUACUUUGGUAAAACAAAGGACAUAGUUAAUGGAUUGCGCAGCGUACAAUCCCUGUCCGAUCAGAGAGCGCAGGCAGCGAUGAAGCAAGAUCUUGCUGCAGCAAUUCUCCGUCGCAGUGUUAAGCCUGAGACGAACUGAGAAGAGGGACAUGACGACGAAUCAGAGGACAAACAUCAACAACAUGAAGAAGAGAAUUAUGACAAUUUCUAAAAACAAAACGCCGCCACCGCCUCCCUAAGUCGUCCUGAAUCCAACAAAAAGAAACAAAAAAAGAAA